AGCAAAACACGCAAAGCAAAAACCGCAACAAGCAAAUCAUAUUUAGUGAUUGUGAUCGUAGGUACAGCCAAAUCGGAAUCGGAAUGGCAUCUUCGGAAGAACAACCACGAAACUUGUCGCAGUUCAAACGCUACCGCCUAAAUGAAAAUGAGGAAGGACGCGAAACGUUUUCCUCCAUCGAUCAGAUCAAAACGGAAGCAUCAAUCGAACGCAUUUACAACCGCUACGAACAGAUGGUUGCCCUCGAUCCCAGCUUACCAAAACUCUAUCGCAACGACCACGCACGAUAUUUGCAGAUGUCACUCGAACACCUGUCCAGCAGCUACGAGUGUUUGGACAGCAGCCGGCCGUGGAUGGUCUACUGGAUUCUCAACGCCGCCAGUAUUCUGAGCUUGCGCUUCGACGACGAAUUGCUCGAUAGGGCGGUGGACUUUCUGGUCAAAUGCCGCAGCAAAGACGGUGGUUUUGGUGGAGGUCCAGGACAAGAUCCACAUCUGGCCACCACCUAUGCGGCCGUCAAUGCUUUGUGCAUCAUCGGCACAGAAAAGGCACUGGAUGCCAUCGAUCGACGGUCGUUGAAACAAUUCCUUGGCGCAGUCCGUGAAAAUAGCGGUGCUUUCCGGAUGCAUGUCGGAGGCGAGCUGGACGUCCGCGGUGCUUACUGUGCCAUUUCGUCCGCCAAACUGGUGUCCUUCACACCUGAAGAAGAACUAAAGCUAUUCGAAGGGACGGCGGCGUGGAUAGCAGAAUGUCAAACGUAUGAAGGGGGUUUCGGUGGAGCUCCCGACCUAGAAGCGCAUGGCGGAUAUUCGUUCUGUGCCGCGGCCGCCCUCAUGAUGCUGGGAGGUGAGGAACGAUGCGAUCUGGAUGCGCUGCUUCGCUGGACAGUCAACCGGCAGAUGGCAUACGAAGGUGGAUUUCAGGGUCGCACGAACAAGCUGGUGGACGGAUGCUACUCUUUCUGGCAAGGCGCACUGGUGCCGAUCGUGCAGAGCCUUAUCGCACGAAAAGAACAUAAUCAGGACAUUCUAAACGUAAGCCUCUUCCAUCGUUUAGCACUGCAGGAGUAUGUGAUGAUCUGUUGCCAAAGACCCAACGGCGGACUAAUCGACAAACCGGGAAAACCGGCCGAUCUCUACCAUACUUGUUACGCGCUGAGCGGACUAGCCGUCGCACAACACUGCGAAUCCCACAGUUUGCCCUUAGUCCUGGGAACCGAUGAAAGAAAUGAGGUGCUCCCUACGCACCCGGUGCACAACAUACCGCCAAAGGCAGCGCUGGACGCGUGUCGCUACUUUAUCCAGUUUGAUCAGAUGGAAACGGAAUUCGAAAAAGACACGCAAGAAAGCAACCUGAAGCAGAAAGCAACCGCUCCUGCCGAAGAUACGCCCGAAAACGGUUCCGAAGUUCGAUCCACGUCGUCACGCAUGUCCGAGGACGGUGGUAGCACUAGUAACAACAGUCAAUGUACAAGCAGUCGGGCAUCGGAAGACCGAUCGAUGGGUUCCUAAGUGCGUUCUUUCAUCCUUCGUGCGGAUAAAAUAAAACUCGUUACUCU